AUGAAAAGAAAUGAUUUAAUUGAACAAUUUUUAAGAAUUGUUUUGACACGAUUAUAUCCUCGAUAUUUUGGUCAUAUUCUCCCUAGUAUUGGUGGUGGUUUUGGUGGUUUUGGUGGUGUUAAUGCAAAUCAUAUUGGAAUUAGUAAUAAAGAUAAUGUUGAAGAAAUGACAAGUUCUUUAAAUGUUGAUCGAAUUGUUAAAAAAGUUAGAAAUUCCAUGAUACCAAUCACAGUAGGUAAAAUUGGUUUAUUAAUAAAUUCAAUAAUUUUAUUCUUAUUAUAUGUUCUUCUUCAUUGUUGUCCUAAAAUAUUGAUUUGGCAUUAUGUUAAUUUAGGUUCAUUAUAUCUAAUUAAUCUUCUUAAUGUGGCAUUUAUUUUAAUGAUUUUAAUUUCAAAAAGUCAAUUGAAAACUUAUUCAACUAAAGAUUUUGGUUAUAUUUUGAUUGUAUUUGAAUUUUUAUCAAUUUUAUCAAUAAUGGUAUUAUUCUUCCAUGAUCAUAAAUCAAUUAUGAAACGUCAAUUGUUUGUUGCAUAUUCUUGUUCAUCAUCAGUAUAUUCUGAUCAUAUGGAUAAACCAGGUACUGCAAACAGUAGUGGUCACAAAGAUAUUAAUGGGAAUAAUUUGUCCAACACAUUACCCCCACCCCAACAACAACAACAGUCAGCGUCUCGUCCUCCCCCUCCUCCUUUAUUUCCUUCAUCUAUUUCCCCACCAUUGUCAUAUUAUCCAGACCAUCAAUCGGCUUAUUCAAUAAAACCAAAGGAAAAACAGUACCAACAAGGACAAACACAAGCACAAGAUCAAUUGCAUAGAGUAUCUUCAAUCCGGGCACAAAGUUUACAAGAACAUUAUUCAACACCUGUUCCUGUCAGUACACCAAUUAUUAAUGAUCAAAUAACAACUAAUUUGAAAAAUGAUAUUGACAGAAGGUGUAUUACUGCACCUGUAAAAGUUGUAAAAAAAUUAGAUUCUACUAAACCACAAUACCAACAUCAUCCUGGCUAUUUACCAAACUUGAAAUUAUAA